AGAACCUUCACAGACAAACUCUGAAGAGAGUUAUUUAUCUUGGUAGGCCCCUGGGCUUCUGCCCAGGUAAACCUGUGGAUCAAUUAAUAGUUUGCUCUGCCGGGCCGAUUUUCCAUGUGCUUCUGCAGGUUACACCGUGGUGGAUGCCUGCCGUGUUGCUGCUUGGAGUAUUUUACACAAACGAAUUUUCUGAUUGCUCCUUGUCUUCUGCAUCUGAUUGUUCUGACUCAAGCUUCAGCUCAAAUGCAAGUACAUCAACUAUACUUCUAGAUGAGGGUCCCAGGAAGAAAACAAGAGUUGAGGGUACUGUUGAUGCAGCAUCUGCUAAAAAGUUAAUUGAAGGUGUACUUGGAACCAAUUCAGGUGGUGAAGAGGUUCUCCAGGAAUAUCACACAACACAAACUCUAACAGAUGCUACCAGAAGAAAAAUGGUCAAUAUAAUAGUGGCUCACAUGAUUGAUUGCCAUGGGCACCUCCCCACCAAAGCUGUUAGAAAACAGUACGCGCUAGGGGUAGUGACAUUGUUCCCAUCCCUGAAAGACCCAUACUCCAAGAAAGGCUAUGAACACUUCUAUGAUGCUGCAAGCAGCACUGGAUACAUUUCUUGGCGUCUGAAAACGAUACAGAGAAAGACUAGACGAGGAUCUGCACCACCAAGUAGCUCCACUGGCUUUGCUCAAGAAGGAGGGGGCCCAAAUUCCCAAAGGCCCAUUAAUGUCGACAUGCAGCUUGAUGGAGAUGCUUGCCAGGAGGCCAUCUCUUUGCUGAACCAUACAUCCGACACUUCCUUGAUUUUCCAGAAGAUGAGAGAGACCUUUCAGCAUCGUCAGAAGCUCAUCAAUGAUCCUGACAAAAGUCUUGAUAUCCUGUCUAUCUUCCCAAGAUUCUUGGAUACAAAAGGAUUGGUGAAUCAAGACUUCACUCUCCUGUUUGAUGAUGAGAUAUCUACCAGGCUGCUUCAGAAAUGGGAUCCAAUCUUUAGGUAUCAAAUCAUCAAAGAGGCCAAGCAGCUCACCUCAACAGUAGAGUUGCGUCAAUUGGUGCAGUCAGCAGAGAGUCUACCAGGAAGUGAUCUUGAUGAGGCAGCAAUCUUGCUGCAGUUUGGAAGAGCAUCUCCAGAAUCAGCAGAGUCAGCAGCCAUACCUCCUGGCUGUUGGGCGCCAGAAGAGGAAGGUCGACAGCUUCUAUGUUGCCAUAGACAAGCGUCUCAUCCCCUGCCAGGCCAGCCGCUCCCUUGGGGCAUUUGAUGAGCUUUUU